AAAGUGUAAUAAAUAAUAAUAAACAAACUAGAAAUGUUCUCCAAAGUGCCCAGCAAAAUUUUAUAUUUGGCAUUUGCCACCAGCUUGAUAGUAAGCCUGAUUUCAACACCCACCAUGGCCAGACCCUGGGAUUUAUAUGACGAUGUUAGUGCUUUCUUUGAUACCAUGUCUUUGGAUGAUGUACCCGGUGCUAAAGAUGCAAAUCAAAUGGAACCCAAAGAAUUCUGCCGUAUGCCAGCCCGUAAAGGCGUCUGCCGUGCCCUCAUACCACGCUGGAGCUAUGAUGCGCAAAAGAAAGAGUGUGUUGAAUUCAAAUUUGGCGGUUGUGAUGGCAAUGAAAAUAACUUCCCCAGCUUUAAGGCCUGCAUGACCACCUGUCAGGGCAUGUAAAUCUCCAAAAAAAACAUUAAUUGUAUUUUAAAAGAAACCCAAAAACUUUAUUCACCAAAUUAUUAUUUUUUAGUUUUUAAAGACUUUUACUUUUAAGCUUCAUAUUGAAUUAUUUAACUUUAUUUUGUAGUUAAUAAGUCUGCUUUUUCGUGUGAUAAUCAUAAAAUGUUUUUUAUAGUUUUGUAUGCAUUUCAUGGAAAAUGGAACCCAUAACCCGGAAAAAUAUUUCUAGAUCGUUUGGUUUUAUUUAGUUAUAAUCUUUUUGAAGCUUUUUCAAACAAUAAUUCAAAUAUUUUUUUGGGUUGUAAACAUUUUUAGUUUUAAACAAAAACAUCUUAGUAUUUAUUUUAAGCUAGUGUGUAAGAAUAUAUACAUAUUUAUUAAAAAAAAAACUAUGAAUAUAAAAUUUAAAUAAAAAAAUAUAUUUACAUAAAAAAAA